UCAACUUCCCAGGCCCACCCAAGCCUUAUCCCGCACCAUCGCCACCGCCCCUCGAGCACCGCCCGACUCGCUCCCCAACGUCUUCCUAUUUCCCCACCCCAUGUCACAACACCGACUCCCUCCCCCCUAAAUUGUAACCCUAAUCUUCUCCAGCCCAUCCCUCUCCACGCCGCCGAAACAAUGGCCACCGCCGCCGGAUCGGCGGAGCGCCGCCCCGGCCAUCCGGCGCUGGCGUCGCGGAAGUCCGCCCCCGGCCACCCCUGGUCCCACAUCGAGACCGCUCACCUGAUCGACGCCUACGAGGAGCGGUGGUACGCUCUGAAGCGCGGCCAGCUCAAGGCCCGGCAGUGGGAGGACGUCGCCGUCGCAGUUGCCGGACGCUGCGGUCUCGACGAGCCAUCCAAGACUGGCACCCAGUGUCGUCACAAGGUCGAGAAGCUCCGCAAGCGCUACCGCGCCGAGCGCCUCCGCCCCGUCCCCUCCGCCUGGCCCUUCUUUAACCGCAUGGAGCGCAUGGAGCGCGGGCCCCUCCCUAUCACCUUCCGGCCCCCGCCGCCUCCUCCCGCCGCCCAGUCCACCGACGAGGACGAGGACGACGACGACGACCAUGAGGACGAGGAUGAGGACGAGCGGAACAACACCCGAAGCAUCAACGGGAUUCUUCGGGAUUCCAGCUGGAAUUCCUCUAGGGUUGCGAGGAGCCUCGUACCUCCCAAAAUGAGAGGUUUUGAGAUGGUGGCUGACGACGAGGAAGAAAACGACGAAGAUGAAUCAGAGGAGGAGGCAGCGGAUGGCGCAGGUGAAGCGGAGGCCUUGUCGCAGAUGGCGGCCGUGGUGAGGGGAUUCGGCGACCGCUUGGUGCGGAUGGAAAAGAGGAGAAGGGAACUGAUGCGGGAGAUGAAGAGGGAUUGGAUGGAGAUGGAGACGAAGAGAGCGGAGAUGCUGAUGGAAUCACAGCGGUGCCUCCUGGAGAAGAUAGCCGGUGCUUUCCCAUCGGCCAAGAAGCCCAAGAAGUCUCAUAAUCUAUAGGCUGCAACAAAAGCACAAGAAAAUAGAAUUCUGCAGAACUCGGAUUUCUCGAUACCUCUGUUGGGACUUCAAACAAACAGGAUGACUGAAACCCGAGUUUCUCUAUUCCGAUGUCUUUCGACUCUCUAAUUGCCAAUGCAGAUUUUUGUUCGUCAGAAUCGAGCUUCCAGCAAGUGUUGGAAGUGGUUAGCUGCAUCUUAUGUUCUGCAGUCCACUGAGUUGUGCGUUUCUUCAGGUUCUAUAGAUUUCAUAUCAGUCCUUGAACUGCAUUGAGUGCUCAAGUCAACUGCAGUCUGCUUCUUUGGGAGUUUUGCAGCCAGCAGUGACCUUGAUGCGAUCUUGGAUUCAAGAAAACAUGUUAUACAGGUUUGUCUUAAGAGGAGCUUUUAUGCUAAUUGUAAGACCAGAUGGAG